AUGAGUUUCCUCAACUCUGUCCUCUCAUCCAUCGAGACGGGGGAGGUGUCUUUCACCCCGCCUCCCCCACCAAAAAGCACCACUCCAGACUCUACCUCCUCGGGCCCGAAGCCGUCUCUAAACUCGAAGCUCGCGGCGACCUCUAUAAGCGGCAAUAAUGGCUAUACGGGGACGUCUCACAAACGGAAAGCAGGCGAAGAGCUACCACGUCCGGCAGCACCCCGGAAUGAACGGUUUCCAAAGACCCUGCCCGAGCGGUUUGCCUCAUCUCAAUCUUCAACCCCUACCCCGCGUUCACCCAGGGACAGCGACGCUGUUCGCAAACCUGGAUCGAAACCAGCAUCUUCGAACUCUAAUGCUUCAAAGCCUGCCCUAGCCAAACCUAAUGCUGCUGCCGUCUCCUCGAAACCGCCUCCAAAGGGCUCCUAUGCCGCAAUGAUGGCCGAGGCUAAAGCUCUGCAGACUAAAGCACCCGCUGCUGUUGGGCUGAUAAGACAUCAAGCCGUGCCCAAGGACAAGAAGAGCAAGGUGCAGCAGAAGCGGAUGACAGAGGAAGCCAAGCAGCGGGAACCAGUAAACAGAAAAACUUCAUCAGACAGACCAGGGGCCGCCCCCGCCUCAAGGAGCACCAAGGAUGCCAUCUUGAAAGCUCGCCAGGCCGAGGUGAGCAAGCAAGACACAUACAAAGGCACUGCGCGGCCCCGACCAGGCAGCCAACCUCCUACCAAGUCGUCAGAGCCAGCCUAUACGGGAACAUCUGGCCUGCCACCCCGGCGUACCCCCGGGAAGGACGGUCUCUACGGCCGAAAUAGAGGCCGUAGCGCUGUUAGGAACGAAUACCUAGCCACCGACGAAGAAGACGAAGGCGACUACGGUUAUGAAGACGAUGAGGAAGGUCUAUAUUCCGACGAGUCCGACAUGGAAGCCGGCUUCCUUGAUGUCGAACAGGAAGAGCAAGCUGCCCUUCGAAUAGCUAGGCGAGAAGACGAAGAAGAGCUGAGGCUCGAGAUGGCAGCAAAGAAAGAGAAGAUGGAACGCAAGAUGAAGUUAAACGCCCUUGCUAAAUCACGACGCUAA